CCUCGAAUUGUCUCUGUAGAUCCAGUCAAGGAAAGCCAAUCAGUUGAAGGAGAAUCCGAUAAAUGUCUGCGCUUUUCAAUUUCCAUUCGUUUCUGACGGUGGUGCUGCUAGUUAUUUGCUCCUGCACUUAUGUGAAGAUGCAGUUCCCCACCAUCCUCGAACAGAAAACUGGAUUUCGAGGUUUCUUUUGGAAGGCCGCCAGAAUAGGUGAACGUUUGAGCCCAUGGGUCGCUUUGGGAUGUUUCACGAUGGGCAUUUCGAUCAUAAUUUCCUAAGCAUGAGCCUCUGUUUGGUUGUAUACUUCUAGUAGCUUCCUUGAUCUUUGUGUGUGUGAGGAGCUAACC